AUGGCUGUCCAUUUUAAAGAAUCACUAGCUUUGAUUUGUGCAUUGGCUAUUGCCAUUUGUACUGUAGAUUCUCAGCUAGUUCCCGCAAUAAUUACAUUUGGGGACUCAUCUGUGGAUGUUGGGAACAAUGACUACAUCCAUACUUUUUUCAAGGCCAAUUACCCACCUUACGGGAGGGAUUUUCCCAAUCAAGAAGCUACAGGAAGGUUCACAAAUGGAAAAUUAGCCACUGAUAUUACAGCUGAGACUUUGGGAUUCACUGCUUAUCCGCCAGCUUAUCUUAGCCCACAGGCAUCGGGACAGAACCUUCUCCUAGGAGCCAACUUUGCUUCUGCUGGUUCUGGUUAUGACGAUGAAACAGCCCACUUGAGUCAUGCAAUUCCAUUGUCCCAACAGUUUCAGUGUUACAAGGGGUACCAAAAUAAGCUAGCAAAUGUAGCAGGCAGUACAAAGGCAGAAUCAAUUAUACAGGAUGCAUUAUACAUAGUGAGUGCAGGUAGCAGUGAUUUUAUCCAGAAUUACUAUGUGAAUCCUUACCUCUACAAGUCCUGCACACCUGAUCAGUAUGCUUCAAACCUUAUUGGCAUAUUUACAAGUUUUGUCAAGGAUUUAUAUGCCUGUGGAGCCAGGAGAAUUGGGGUGACUUCACUUCCACCAUUGGGCUGCAUUCCGGUAACAAGAACUUUAUUCCACGAGAGUGGUUGUGUCUCUAGGAUCAACAGUGAUGCCCAAGGAUUCAACGAAAAGCUCAACUCAUCCGCAAUACAACUCCAGCAACAACUUUCUGGCCUUAAGAUUGUUGUGUUUGACAUCUACAAGCCCCUUUAUGAACUAAUUCAAGAUCCAUCAAAACAAGGUUUUGCAGAAGCAGGGAGAGGUUGCUGUGGUACGGGAACUGUGGAGACAACAGUAAUUCUGUGCAAUCCCAAGUCAAUAGGCACUUGUACAAAUGCGACUGAGUAUGUGUUUUGGGAUAGCGUGCACCCGUCUCAGGCUGCUAAUCAAGUUCUUGCUAAUGCCUUGAUUUCCCAAGGCAUCAGCCUCAUAGGAUGA